AUGGGGAAGCCGCGCUACAUGUGUGAGUAUUGCGAUAAGUCAUUCGAGGACUCGCACAAGAAUCGUCAAAGGCAUAACCGUGGUCGCAACCACAAAUCCAAGGUUAAGCUUUGGUACGAUAGCCUUGAAGCUCAAGAGCGAGAUGCGGCUACUGCACAGUCAGCUCAGACCGGUAGUCUCUUGAGCCAGCGCGGACUUUCUGCAUGGACCCCAGUAAAUUUUCCAACGAUUUCGAACCAUGGUCAGAUUUUCUCGUUAAUGGAACUGCCGCCAUCAAUGCAUCCAGCCCCACCUGAAGCUUUCUACUACUGCUCAACCACAUGGGGUUGA